AUGGGCUCCCAACAGCUGCAGCCGACGUCAUGGCUCGUCUUCCUGACUCUGCUGGUCGGCUGUCUGUCUCAGACUGCCAACAUGUCUCACCUUGACCGAGUCUGCACAACUUGGGGAAACUAUCACUUCAAGACCUUCGAUGGGCAUUUCUUCCAGUUGGCCUCCACCUGUAACCAUGUGCUGGUCUCCCACUGCGGGGGAAGCUAUGAGAGCUUCAUCAUCCAGAUGAGGCGGGGUCUGGUCGACAGCAUCAGCAGCAUCGCCAUGAAGCUGGAUGGCUCAGUGGUGGAGCUCUCCAACAGCUCCGUCAUCUUCAACGGCCAGAUGGUGUCUCUGCCACUUGUUGCCUUCGGAGUGACAAUCAAAAGGACCACAUCCAGCAUCUUUGUUGAAGCCAGUCUUGGGAUCAAGGCUACUUGGAACCUGGAUGACUCCUUAGAUAUUCCAGAGGUAGCCUCUGAUAAACCCAGCCAUGUGGAGGACAUGUCUGAGGACAGAGUUUACUCCCUAAGAAUGGAGAUAUGGAAUUACCUCCAACACUGCCAGAGAGGCAAUUACUACAUGAGAGCAAUCCACAUCGAGCUGGAUAGCAAAUAUCAGAACCAGACCUGUGGACUGUGUGGAAACUUUGAUGGGAUAGCUAAUGAUUUUAUGAAAGAUGGGGCUGUGAUGUCUGUGGUGGACUUGGCUGAGACUUACAAGGUAAACGGGCCCACUGAGACUUGUGUGGAACCCGACCUCAGCCCGACCCGGAGCUGUGGGGACAAGCUGCUUUGUGAGGAGACCUUCACUAGCGAUCCGUUCAGCAGCUGCCAGAACCUCCUGGAUGUGGAAUCGUUUACCAAGGCGUGCAUGGCAGACAUGUGUAACUCAGAAGAGAACACCACAGAGUCCAUCUUGUGCAAAACCAUCUCAGAGUUCUCCAGACAGUGCGUCCAUGCAGGUGGAAGCCCCCAGCCUUGGAGGAACGAAACCUUCUGCUACAAGCGAUGCCCAUACAACAUGGAGUUUCUGGAAUGUAGCCGGCUAUGUCAGGACUCCUGCUCCAACCCACAGGCCAGUCAGACCUGUGACAGCCACUGCCACGAUGGCUGCAGCUGCCCUGCAGGAAUGGUGUUUGAUGACAUUGGUAACACAGGAUGUGUCACAGCUGAUCAGUGCCCAUGUCUCCAUGGCAACCAGAUCUACCAGUCAGGAGAGUCCUACUCAUUCAACUGUAGAUCCUGUGUUUGUGAGAGAGGCCACUGGACGUGUACGGAGGAAAACUGCUCGGGAACCUGUUCGGUGGAGGGAGGAGCUCAUGUUACCACCUUUGACGGGAAAAUGUACACCUUCCACGGAGACUGCUCCUACAUUCUGGCUAAACAGAGUGAUGGCUCCCUCUACACUGUGUUGGUGGACCUGGUCAAAUGUGGUCUGACAGACAGCAGGACGUGUCUCAGAGCCGUUACUCUGGCCCUGGGCAGUAAUGCCGUGGUCAUCAAAAUUCAAGCAUCUGGGCAAGUCUAUGUCAACAAUAUUCUUUCUCAGCUUCCAUUGUUUACAUCUGAGCUGAGUGCCUUUUGGCCAUCCUCCUUUUAUGUUGUAAUCAGCACCAAAGUGGGAAUCCAAGUGAUGGUCCAGCUCUCUCCUGUGAUGCAAGUCUUUGUUUCAGCUGAUGUGUCACUCAAAGGAGCCACCUCCGGAUUAUGUGGGAACUUCAACAACAUAAUGAGUGAUGACUUCCUGGUGAUUAGUGGACUUGUGGAGGGAACUGCUGCAGCAUUUGCCAACACAUGGAAGACCAGAGUCAGCUGUCCUGACAUCGUGCCAUUCUUUGGAGAUCCUUGCAGCCAGGACAUUAGCAGAGAGAACUAUGCACAGUACUGGUGUUCCAAAUUGACUGAUCCGCUGGGAGUGUUUGCCCCUUGCCACUCUGUUGUCAGCCCCAGCUCAUACAAAGACAACUGCAUGUACGAUGGCUGUAACUGUGAAAAAAGUGAAGACUGCAUGUGUGCUGCAGUCUCCUCAUAUGUCUACGCCUGCUCAGCGGCAGGAGUCCACAUCAGCGGCUGGAGGGAAACCAUCUGCGGAAAAUUUAUCGAAUCAUGUCCAUCAGAAACAGUUUAUGAGUACAACAUGACCUCCUGUGGUCGGACGUGUCGUUCCCUCAGCCAGGCUGAUUACUCCUGCCAGGUCAGCUUCGUCUCUGUGGACGGCUGCGGCUGUGCUGAGGGAACCUACAUGAAUGAAGGGGGACAGUGUGUGUCCAGUGCGAACUGCCCCUGCUACGAUAAGGACACCUUUAUUCCUGCUGGACAGACCAUCAUCAAAGAUGGAGUAACAUGUGUCUGCAGACAUGGGGCCCUCAGCUGCUCAGGAGGAGCCAGACUACAAAGCUCCACAUCAUGCGUCCCCCCCAUGAUUUAUUUUGAUUGCUCCACUGCUCAGCCUGGCACCACUGGGGCUGAGUGUCAGAAGAGCUGCAGCACGGUGGACAUGCCUUGUAUCAGUACAGGCUGUACAUCUGGAUGUGUGUGCCCAGAAGACCUGCUGUCAGACGGAGCAGGAGGCUGCAUCAAUGAGACAAGCUGUCCAUGUGUCCACAAUGGACACAUCUACCAGCCAGGACAGACUCUCACAGUGGACUGUAACACCUGCUCAUGCAGUGGACGAACGUUCACUUGUACCAGCAAUGUUUGCAAUGCAGUGUGUGGGAUCUAUGGAGAUGGUCAUUAUAUUACAUUUGAUGAUAAAAGGUUUGACUUCAGUGGAGAAUGCGAAUACACACUCCUACAGGAUUAUUGCAGCCCUGGUCAGGGAAACGGAAGCUUCAGUAUUAUCACUGAGAAUGUUCCAUGCGGAACCACUGGGACCACCUGCUCCAAGACCAUUAAGAUCUAUCUGGAGGAUAAUGAAUUCCAUCUUAAGGAUGACAGUUUCCAGGUGAUAAAAGGAAACAUCAAUGUUCUCCCUGCUUCUGUACAAAAAAUGGGUAUUUACCUGGUGGUGACCGUCCAACCAGGGCUGGUAGUCAUGUGGGACCAGAAGACCAGCCUUUUCAUUUCUCUCAGUCCACAGUUCCAGGGGGAAGUGUGUGGCCUUUGUGGGAACUACGAUGGCAACAGUAAAAAUGAUUUUACCACACGCUCUCAAGAGACUGUGACAGAUGUUUUAGAGUUUGGGAACAGCUGGAAAGUGUCAUCUAGUUGCUCUAACGCCCAGCUUCUCAGUGAUCCCUGUGCCUCCAACCGCUACCGGGCAGCCUGGUCUCAGAAGCAGUGCAGCAUCAUAACCAGCGCCACCUUCCACAGCUGUCAUGCAAAAGUCGAUCCUGGCCCAUACUAUGAUUCUUGUGUAAGAGACUCCUGUGCUUGUGACACUGGAGGUGACUGUGAGUGUUUCUGCACUGCUGUGGCUGCCUAUGCCAAAGCUUGCAGCACAGCUGGAGCCUGCAUCAGAUGGAGAACUCCAAAGUUGUGCCCUAUUUUCUGUGACUAUUAUAACUCCCCUGGUGGAUGUGAAUGGCAUUACAAGCCUUGUGGAGCUGACUGCAUGAAGACAUGCAGGAAUCCCUCAGGAAACUGUACCAAACUCAUCACUCACAUGGAAGGUUGCUAUCCACAGUGUUCUCAAACCAAGCCUUUCUUUGAUGAAGACACAAUGAAAUGUGUAAACUGGGACCAAUGUGGAUGCUAUGAUGACAAAGGCAUUCAUUAUAGCACAGAAGGCCCUAUCACAUCUACAAACAGAGCCACAACUGAAUCUGUCGAAACUACGUUCUCCGAAACAACAACAGUAAAGAUUGGAACAACAAACCCCUCGAAAGUUGGCACAACAGGCCCCGUGACUGGCUCCAUAACAGAAGUUGUUGAAUCCACAACUAUAGUACCAGGAAUCAUGUCAACAAGAGACUUGUUAUACAAUGUUACUGAUGGCCUUGGGUGGUGUUACAGUGCAUAUUGCAAUGCAUCCUGUAAGGUUGAAACACAAUCCAGCCCAUGUCCAACCACAUCAAUAUCUAGCACUACUGCACAUUCUUCUACUUCAUUACUGAGCUCAACCACAAAGGCCCCAACUUCAAGCUCUGGACCCAUGACCACAGUAACAACAUUAGCAUCUACAGCUACUCUAGAGUGCUCUGAUGUGUAUCCAGCAAGACAGAAUGGAGAGUCCUGGAAUACUAGCAAUUGCACCACAGCUACUUGCAUCGAAGGCAAGGUAACGGUCACAGCUACAGUCUGUCCAAAUGUAACCCUCCCCAUCUGUACCAAUGGGAGGAAACCUGUCAAGAUCUAUGAACAAAAUGGAUGUUGCUUCCACUAUGAAUGUGAAUGUGUAUGUAAUGUCUGGAGUGGAUCCAACUACAUGACAUUUGAUGGACAAAUGUAUAAUUUUCAACAGAAUUGCUCUUAUUACUUAGUUAAGGAGAUUAUUUCAAAACAUAACUUAACAAUUACUAGAAGCAAUAACUGUGAUCCUUCAGACAGCACAUUCUGCCCUCUGGCUCUAAGUGUCACAUAUCAAUCAGUAAAGGCAGUUUUGACUCAAGUGAAAACUUCAGGAACACCAACCAAUGUGGUGUAUGUGAAUCAGAAACGUGUCUAUCCAGCAUAUGGCAAUUCUGUUAUGCUGCUUUAUGGCACAGACAUGGAGAUCACAGCAGUGAUACAGGAUAUCAACACAAGAAUAGUCUAUAGAGGCUCCUCCUUCAGUAUUGACCUUCCUUAUUCUCUGUUUGGGGGAAACACUGAGGGACAAUGUGGUACCUGUGACAACUCGCAGGCCAAUGACUGCCGUUCUCCAAAUGGCCAGAUAGAAAGCUGCUCAGAAUCUGCAGGACUCUGGACUCUCCCCGGGACCAGUUGUGUCUCCCCAAGCCUUCCUUCUGUUACUGCAACUGCACAACCGCUAACAUCUUCAUCACAGCACCCAAAUCCAACAACACAACCAACCUGCAAACCUGCCAUCUGUGAGCUACUUAUGAGCAGUUUAUUCACCCCGUGCCACUCAUUCAUAUCCCCUGCACCAUUUGUGAGCUCUUGCACCUAUGAAAUUUGUAAUGGUGGUAAUGACACGUGCUCCAGCCUGGAGGCGUAUGCUGCUGAGUGUUCCAAUGCAGGAGUCUGCAUUGACUGGAGGAGUGACACCAACGGACUGUGUGAGCACAGAUGUCCAAACAACAAAGUGUACAUGGCAUGUGGCCCCUCAGUAGAGCCCACAUGCAAUGACAGAUACAACAGGAAGUUUCAGGCAGAUGUGACAUCAUCUGCCAACUACACCCAGGAAGGCUGCUUCUGUCCUCAGGGCACCACGUUGUUCAACACAGUUUAUGACACAUGUGUCGCCUCCUGCGACUGUGUUGGACCAGAUGGAAAACCCAAACAGCCAGGGGAAACAUGGACCAGUGAGUGCAGCAGCUGUGAGUGUGACCAGGACUCCAUGAGUGUCCGCUGUGAGCCGGUGACCUGUCCUGAGGUCCAGAAGCCCAACUGCAGUGAGCCCGGCCAGCAGCUGACCAACACAAGCCAAGGCUGCUGCACAACACAGACCUGUGAAUGCAACCUGAACCUGUGUGCUGGUCCUGUGACCUGCCCUCUGGGCUUCCAGCUUCACGUGUCCAACAGGACCUGCUGCCCGUCCUACGAGUGUGUUCCUAAAGGUGUGUGUGUCUAUGACAUGACUGAGUUCAAGCCUGGUGCCAAGAUACCAACACCUCAGACAGUAACAGAAGCUCCACUGGAGGAGGUGUCAUUUGCCGCAGUGCCAUCCGGGACAGGAGGAGAUGUACAGGAGGAGUCUUUCAUUCCUGCAGCCUGCCAGGAGUGUUACUGCGGCCCCGACACACACCCCACCACCAAACUCAACGUCAUCACAUGCAGACCUGUUGUCUGCCACACAAACUGCUCUGAAGGGUUUGAGUAUCAGCCUGCAGCAGGUCAGUGCUGUGGUUCAUGUGUACAGAAAAGAUGCAUUCUCACCACUUCUGGGAACAACACAGUCCAGAUCAUUGAGGUCAACAACACAUUUGUGCCACCUGGUGAUAAGUGUGUGCAAUACACAUGUGAGGAGAUUAACGGACAGAUUGUGAUGAAGGAAACAAGGACCAGUUGUCCUCCCUUCAACCCGCUGGACUGUGAACCUGGAACUGAGACGACCGACGCCUCCGGCUGCUGCACAACCUGUCGGCUCCAGAAUGUCUGCCAGGUGGAGAGUCAGCAGAUCAUAGUUGAGGUGAACCACUGUGUCAGUGCUGUGCCGGUCAAUGUUACAUCAUGUGUGGGACACUGCAGGAGCUCAUCUAUGUACUCAGCUGCAGCCAACUCCAUGAUGCACCAGUGUGAGUGUUGCCAUGAGGCCACAACCAGCAUGAAGCAGGUGGAGCUGACCUGCGCUGACGGCUCCACGCUGCAGCACAGCUACAGCCAGGUGGAAAGCUGCCGCUGCAGGACGGAGACAUGCUCAGCGGGCGCCACAACCAGAGCCCAGCGCCGCAGGAGGCGCUGACCUGCUCCUCAAUCACACCAGGGAACAACUUUUUCAAACUUUAUAGCAUAAUAUGCUCUUCUACAGAGUCUGUUAGAAUUAAACUAUGUCUGUAUUUCUCACUGAUAAGAAAUAAAAUAUGUCUGCAAAAUGAU